AGAAAUCAUCCAGUCAGACUUCACCCACGUCGAGUUAGGAGCCAAUCAUUGUCCAGCUACCUUUACUCUGAACCAAUCCGCAUCGGGCUCAUCAGUCAGCGUUUGAUAUUACAGACGCUUACUGAUAGUACUCAAGAGAGGAUUGCUGAGAUAAUGGAGCAUUCGGAUGUCUUGGAGCCUGACAGCACCGAGGAUGACAUCUCUCUUACCGGAAGUGACUUUGAGUUUGAGAUAAAAAGCUCCAAAAGGAAACUGAUCUCACAGGGACCGAAAUCUCCAAAGAAGGUUUAUCAGUCAGUCAGAAGUUCAAGUCAACAACAGACAGCAGGAAACACCCCGCAUGACAGCCAGCGCAACACUUUGAGAGAUGGCCACGCCAGCACAGGUCAUCUCUAUGAGGCCGUCAGGUCUGGCCGCAGCGCACUGCAGACGGUGAUAGAUGAUUGGCUGGAUGAGUACAGGAGAGACAGAGAGGCGGGGCUUCUGGAGCUCAUGAACUUUGUUGUGCAGUGCAGCGGAUGUAAAGGUGUGAUCACCAGAGAGAUGUUCAACACCAUGCAGAAUGCUGAUAUAAUUGGUCACCUGACUAAAGAUUUCAAUGAGGACACUGUCAGUUAUCCACUGGUAUCUACUGGUACUGAUGGGCAGCGCUUUCGUAUGGGUUUGUGCGAGUUUGUGUCUCUGCUGGUUCGUGCCUGUCGGAACAGCCUGUUGUAUGACGAUUAUCUGUUUGCAUCGCUCAUUGCACUGCUCACGGGUCUGUCCGACUCACAGGUCCGUGCGUUCAGACAUACCAGCACACUGAUUGCCAUGCAGCUGAUGUCCAAGAUGGUAGCAGUAGCUGCAGAGGUAAACGCUCAAGCACUGAUGACCAAGAGACACUAUGAUGUUGAGAAGAGCAAACGGGCUGAACACAGAGCCAUCGGACGAGUGGAGGAGCUACAGAACUCUUUGAAAGAGGUGUCAGAGCAUCAGGAGGACUUGCGCUCACUCAUGAAUGGGAUCUUUAAGGGUGUUUUCGUUCAUCGGUAUCGUGACGUGUUUCCAGAAAUCCGAGCGAUCUGCAUGGAGGAGAUGGGGGUGUGGUUAAGAGAAUGCCCCGCCCACUUCCUUAGUGAUGAGCACCUCAAAUACGUAGGCUGGAUGUUGCAUGAUAAGCAAGCUGUGGUGCGUCUGAAGUGUGUGUUGACUUUGCAGAAGUUAUAUGGAGAGAAAAAUUUCAUUGGUCAGUUAGAACUCUUUACCACCCGCUUCAAGGAACGGAUUCUGUGCAUGACUCUGGAUAAAGACUCGGAAGUUGCUAUGGAAAUUGUAAAGCUGUUACUGCUCAUUCAACAGAACACAGAUGAUGGUCUGACUGAUGAGGAGUGUGCUCGUGUCUAUCCACUGGUUUUUGCUUUACACAGAGGUCUCGCAUGUGCGGCUGGACACUUCCUGUAUUACAUGCUGUGCAAGGUGUUCGAUGGAGAAUCAGACAAACAAACUCCUUCUUUCCUCAUUUUACUUGCACGCUUCUUCAUUGACAGCAAGUAUCAUGAACACGCUGCAUAUCUGGUCGAUAGUCUGUGGGAGGUUGCUGGGGCGGAGCUAAAGGACUGGGAGGUGAUGACAUUUUUAUUGCUACAGGAGAAAGGUGUAGAGGAUGAGGUGGAGAGCGCUUUAAUUGACAUUAUGAUAUGUGCAAUGAGACAGGCUGCAGAGGCCACACCCCCUAUCUCCCGCUCACAGAAGAAGAAUCUGACUGUGAAGGAAAAGAAACUUCAGGCUCAAGAAAAGGGGCGCAUUACAAACCAUUUUAUUCCUGUGUUGCCUCGCUUAAUGGCUAAGUUUUCCGCAGAUGUUGGGAAGGUGAGCUGUCUGCUGAGAGCGCCGUUAUAUUUUGAUCUGGACUCUUAUGGAACAUCAGCACGUCUGGAGAAAUGUUUGGAUGUGUUGUUGUCUCAGGUGUGUGAUAUUGUACAGAAGCACAAUGAGGAGUGUGUGUUAGAGGCCUGUGUUCGUGUUUUGUCUACUUUGUCAAGUCACUGUUACACGUUCUGUGGCCGCGCUGAGAGAGCCGUCAGUCAGCUUCUUGAUUCUACAGUGGAGAAAUUUACUGCGAAUCUCAGUGAAAUACUACAGGGUUCAGCUGAUGAAGAUGAUAUCUACAGCGCUGCAUCAUCUCUGAAUGUUCUUGCGGUAUUCAGCAGUGCCAGUGAUGUGACCGGAAGAAACCUGUUUGAGUUCUCCUUUCAGCUUCUAAAGUUUGGAAUAGAGUCAGGAGAAAUUGACAAGAAGCUGAUGGUGCCAGCCCUUAAAUGUGCAGUUUUUGAUCUGCUUUGGAAAGGAAGAAACAUCACACAACUCCACAAAGUAAACAAGCUUGAAAUGACGCAUCUGUUGAAAUGUAUUGACUCAUUCUGCAUUGUGUGUCAGAGUUGCCUGUCUAUAGCUGAGAGUCACAUCAGAAAUCAGGCAUUUGUGUGUUUGUGUGAUGUGCUGCUUGUGUUUGGAAGAUUGUCUGAAGGAGGAAGUUCCCAGCUGAAUUGCUACAGACCUGAUGAGACUCUCGUAGCAGAAAUGGUGUCUUUUCUCAUGGACUACGUCUUCAAUGAUGAUCCUGAAGAUGACCUCAAUGACGAGAUGAAGAUCUCAGCGUUGAUGCAGAAGAGGAAUCAGUUGGCUGGUUAUUGUAAACUGGUCAUAUAUGGAGUUCUGGAGCUCAGAGCUCUUACAGACGUCCUCAGAUACUACAAUAAGUAUUACAGUGAAUUUGGUGACGUCAUCAAAGAGACCCUCAGCAAAUCAAAGACCAUCAGCUCUGUGGAAAGUGCCAAGACUGUGUGUUUGUGUCUGCAGCAGCUCUUCUCCAGCUUGGAUCAGGACCGUCAUGAUGAGGAGUUAACAGAGAUCAGAUUUCUAGCAAAGAAACUGGCCAUGAACUUCAGCAUCAACCUGCGACUCAUCCGCAAACCCCUGCUGGCUUUACACCAAGAUGGCAUUCGGUUCGCUAGUCAUGGACUUGAGCAGGACAACCCAAUCAAUCUGUGCUUUUUGGAAAUACUCAGUGAGUUCAGCUUCAAACUCCUGCAGCCAGAACGCAAGCAGCUGUUGGUGUAUCUGCAGCGUGUGUGCGCUCGUGUUGCGGAUAGUGAAUUUGUAAAGAUGUAUGAAAGAUCUCUGAAAGGCUCACGAGGAACUCCGGCACAAACAACUUCUACAGCAAAACCCAGCAGUAAACGCAGACGCACACAGAGUUUGAGCAGUAGUUUGGAAAGUCCACCUGAGACGUCACACUCACGCUCCAAUGACACAGAUGAUGAGUUCACACAGCGGUCUGUUCAGAGGAAGUCUGUCACUCAUAGCAGACCACAGUCCAGUCCAUCUGCUCAGAGCGUCCAAUCACAUUUCAGCACACUCUCUUUAGUUGAUGAAGUUCGUUCACCGGAUGAACCAUUUAUUGAAGACUAUGAUGAUGAUGAUCAUGAUGAUGAUGAAGACUCUGAGAUAGGAAUCAUUCUGCCCUCCACCCGCGACUCUGCCAGCUAUCUGGAGGAUUUGUUUGAAUAAAACCAAAAGAGUGCAAUAUGUUUUAUUGCAGAUGUUUAGUUCAGUUGAGUCAUUUGUAUCUCUGCCCACUUCCCUGUGGCAGAUUCUGAUUGGUCCAAAGUAGAAGAGGACAUCAGAUGCACUUACUAAUAAAGAGAACGCUUUAGAGUUCAUUUUCAUGAUGUUUAUAUAAGUGCUGAUGUUGUUUACAGUCUGUUAUAAAGACGUUUAACAGUUUAAAUAAAGCAUUUUUCUGUUCA